AUGAAGGGAAGUAAUAGCGGUAGCGAAGAAAGCCGCGACCAGAUUGGCAGGCGCUUCCGGGGAGGGACAAAGCUGGGGUCCCUGGAUCACGGCCUCGGCGAGCGAAACGUUGGCGGAGAUGGAAACAUCUACGUCGUAGGCGAAGAAAGCGUUCCUAAUGGGAUACCGACGGGUUAUCGAACCUACAAACGACGAUGGAUUGGCCUCGCAACACUCACACUCAUGAACAUCGUCGUUUCCUGGGAUUGGCUUACUUUUGCGCCUGUUGUCGACCUCUCAGCACAAUACUAUGGUGUCUCAAAAUCAGCCAUCAAUUGGGUCAGCACCGCCUUCUUUCUCGCUUUUGUUGUCAUUUUCCCCGUUACCAUUGCCAUUUUGCAUCGCGGCCCGAAGCUAGCCUUUAUGAUUGCUGCUGUGCUCGUCAUCAUAGGAAACUGGAUUCGGUAUGGCGGCUCAACCAGCCCUUCCGGUGGCCGCUUUGCUGCCAUAAUGGCCGGUGAAAUCCUCAUCGGUUUCGCACAGCCUUUCAUCUUGGCUGCUCCUACCCGAUACUCGGAUUUGUGGUUCACCAACCGCGGUCGAGUUGCUGCCACAGCAGUGACAAGUCUGGCGAAUCCCCUGGGUGGUGCCCUGGGCCAGCUGAUCAACCCUCUGUGGGCUAAGCAGCCGAGCGACAUAUCUCAGAUGGUGCUCUAUGUCUCCAUUAUUUCUACUGUUUGCUGCCUACCAGCAUUCGUCGUACCGGCCGCGCCUCCGACCCCCGUUGGGCCCUCCUCCGAGACUCCCAAGCUCCGUCUGCGGGCAUCCGCCAGAGCCCUCACUCACUCCAUUGAGCUGUGGCUUGUCCUCAUCCCGUUCGCCGUCUUCGUCGGCUUCUUCAACUCUCUCUCGUCUCUGCUCAACCAGAUGAUGACCCCCUACGGAUUCAGCGACGACCAAGCGGGUAUCGGCGGUGCCAUCCUCAUCGUGGUCGGGCUUGUCUUCUCAGCUAUUACCUCGCCGAUUUUGGACAGAACCAAGAAGUUUCUCUUCGCUCUCAAGUUCUUCAUGCCCAUCAUCGGCAUCUGCUACCUCGUCUUUGUAUGGAUGCCAGAAACCCGCGACGUUGCCGGCCCGUAUGCAGUGCUCGCCAUUCUGGGAGCCGGCUCGUUUGCUCUGGUCCCCGUCGCCCUAGAGUUCCUCACUGAGCUCAGCCACCCACUUAGUCCCGAGGUCACGUCCACCACCGCAUGGGCCGGCGGUCAGCUCCUCGGUGCCAUCUUUGUCAUCAUCAGCGAUGCUCUGGUUGCCGGUAACGAUGCGAGCCCGCCCAGGAACAUGAAGAAUGCCCUCAUCUUCCAGGCGGUCAUCGCACUGGUUGUUUGCCCGUUGCCCUUGUUCUUGGGCCUGUUUGGCCGCGCAGAUAAAGUAGUCUUGAGGCGCAUCCGCUCUGAUGAGCAGAGCGCAUCUACAAAUGUACAGACUGCUGUGUAA